GACAAUUACAUCAAGACUGCCAAGUAUAAUAUCAUUACAUUCCUGCCAAUCAAUUUAUUUGAACAGUUUCAAAGAGUUGCUAAUGCCUAUUUUCUUUUUCUACUUGUGCUCCAGUUAUUGCCAUGGGUUUCAUCAUUGAACCCCAUAACUACCCUUCUACCUCUUGUGUUUGUAUUGACUGUUACAGCCGUCAAAGAUGGUUAUGAUGAUGUCAAAAGACACAAAAAUGAUAAUCUUGUCAACAAUAGAGAAGCUGAAAUCUUGAAGGAGGACAGAUUGAGCAGAUGUAAAUGGCAGAAGAUACAGGUUGGAAAUAUUUUGAAACUAGAGAAUAACCAACCCGUACCUGCUGAUGUCUUAGUUCUUAGUAGCAGUGAACCACACUGUUUAACUUACAUAGAAACAGCUGAUCUUGAUGGUGAAACCAACUUGAAAGUGAAGCAGGCUUUAACAGAAACAACAUCGCUUGGAGAUGAUUUGAAGUUACUCUCUCAAUUUAACU